AGAGCUCCAGGGAACAGCCGCCUCGGAGUACCAACUCCGUGUCCAGGACCAACAAGUGAGAGGGCGCCGCGGCGUUCCCGGGGCGCAGCGCGGACGACGGGAGCAGGCGCAGGAGGAAGCAGAGCACGCCGGAGCCCUCGAGCCCCCCGGAAUUGCCGAGCCCCCCAGCUCCCAGGAGCCGCUGUAGCUGCGGCUGCUUCGCUCGGGAUCCCGCCGCGCCGGCUGUGCGGAGCGCUGGGCAGCAGGCUGGUUUCGUGCUGGUGGAAAGCAGAGGCUAGGAGCAGCCGUUCCCGGGGGAAUAUGCGGCGUGCGUGGAUCCUGCUCACCUUGGGCUUGGUGGCCUACGUGUCAGCGGAGUCGAGAGCAGAACUAACAUCUGAUAAAGACAUGUACCUUGACAACAGCUCCGUUGAAGAAGCUUCUGGAACGUAUCCUAUUGAUGACGAUGACUAUGCCUCUGCAUCUGGCUCAGGAGCUGGUGAGGACGUAGAAAGUCCAGAGGUGACAGCAUCUCGACCAUCGCUAAAGGUACCCAUCACGAGUGCUGCUCCCAAAGUGGAAACCACAACACUGAAGAUACAAAACAAGAUGCCUGCUCAGACAAAGACACCUGAGGAAAUCGAUAAGGAGAAGGUUCAUCUCUCGGACUCAGAAAGGAAAAUGGACCCUGCUGAAGAAGACACAAACGUAUAUACCGAGAAGCACUCGGACAACCUGUUCAAACGAACAGAAGUCCUUGCAGCUGUCAUUGCCGGGGGAGUUAUCGGCUUUCUGUUUGCAAUUUUCCUUAUCCUGCUGCUGGUGUAUCGCAUGAGAAAGAAGGAUGAAGGCAGCUAUGACCUUGGAGAACGCAAACCAUCCAGUGCUGCUUAUCAGAAGGCACCUACUAAGGAGUUUUAUGCAUAAAACUCCCACUUAGUGUCUCUAUUUGUGAGAUCACUGAACUUUUCAAAAUAAAGCUUUUGCAUAGAGUAAUGAAGAUCUUUGGUUUUUGUUUUGUUUUGUUUGUUUUUGUUAUUUUUGUUUCUCCAUUAAAGGGCCAGUCUGGCACUUUAAUGAUAAAAUCCCAUUGUAUUUAAAACUUUUCAUGUAUUUCUUUAGAACAACAUAAAAUUAAAAUUUAACAUCUGCAGUGUUCUGUGAAUAGCAGUGGCAAAAUAUUAUGUUAUAAAAACCCUUAAUGUUCAUGGAAUUGGUUUAAACUUUUAUGUGCAAAUAUGAAAGGAUUGUUUUUAUACUACAGUUUGAAGAUGAGAACUGUUUUGUUUGUGUCAGCAUGUCUCGGCUUGACCUAACCAAGUUGGUCUUAUUUUGUUAAUUUAUCUGUUGUCCUCCUCUUUUUCCUCUGCCCUGCCCUCUCUCCCCUUAAAACCAAAAUCAAAUCCUAUGCCUUUUGUAGCUGUCAUGGUGCAAUUUGUCCCUGGAAAUUGCAGAUAAUGGUAAUUUAGUGUAUAUGUGAUUUUUCAAAUAUGUAAACUUUAACUUCAACUUUAUGUAAAUUUUUCAGUGUCAGAAUGUCCAUUUUACACUUGCUUUAUGUUUCAUUACCUAUAGCUUCAGGCAGAUUUGCAAGAGCGAGCUAAUGUGUAAAAUUGGACUAUUACUACCAAAACUGUUUAGUCUUAUCUCUCCAAACAGAUCUUCUUUGGGGAGGAUCGGAUGCGAGUUACUGAGCAAAUCCAAAGAUGCUAACAGUAUUUUGAGAAGUUGCUGCAGAUUUCCUUGGCCACUGUAUUUGUUAAUUUCUUGUAAUUCGAUGGUACGAGUAGGGUUUAAUGAAAAAUCAGCCUUUAUUCUUAAAAAUGCUUUUAAGUUGUAAACAUCUUUUUAAGCCUUUGAAGUGCCUAUGAUUCUAUGUAACUUGUCACAGACUGGUGUUAAAUGAGUAUAUAUAACAGUUUAAAAACGAAGUUGGUAUUUUAUAAGCACAGACAAUUCUAAAUGGUAACUUUUGUAGUCUUAUGAAUAGACAAAAAUUGUAAUUUGGGAACAUAAAAACUACUGAAUAAAUCAUGUGGCCUAAUAUUGAAAAUGUCACUGUUAUAAAUUUUGUACAUUUUCGAUCAAAUGUACAUUUUCCCCAUUGCUAAUGAAUGUCUGUUCUGCUCUCAAGAACAAUGUGGGUUUGAUUUCUUAAGUGUUCCAUGGUGGCUAUAAAAUCAAAACCAAAGAGCCCAUCCACGAGGCUGUCUGUUCCCAGAUUUCGCUUCUGGACUGGUCAGAGGAAAUCUGAGUGUUAGCAGCCUGUGUGUGCUUGGGUGCAGAUAGUGCAAGGCUGCCAGGGAAUCCUGACGUUUGCAACCUUUGUAGGAUAGCUGAUGGCAAUGUUGAGAUAGAUGCCUGCUUUUGCAAACAGCAUUUAAGAACAUAAAUUCCAAAGAUUUGAAGAAGUCAUUCUGGAAGCCUAUCUAUGGCUUAAGUCUUGCAGAUUGAUUACCUUUGAGCCCGUGUUCCAAAUCUCUCCUGAAGCUUAACUGAAGGACUAAGAGAUGGCACACCACAGCUCACAUGGUGGAGAAUAAGGAGUUUCUGUGUCUUCCAUGAGAGCCUUGCUCCAUAGGAUGGACGUUAAUGGGCAGUGGUGCCUGAGCAGGAGAGGUGGUAAAGGUGUAAGGGUACCUUGGCUAGGCACUUACCUGUAUUGAACAGUUUCAUUUGCUGUUUUACCAUUAAUUUUAUUUUCAAUUAUGAACCGCUGAAAUAGGGAGGUGACAGCAAAAGCAGCAACUUUUCCAACGUGUUUACUUUGUAUAAAAUUUGACCACUUCAUUAAGAGAACAUUCCCUGGAAUUGCCCCAGAACUCACUUUAUUUUUUUUCUUAAAGCAACACUUGGAACGGUGUUUCCUUAAAUCCUGAAUGGCCUUAAAUCUUAGACUUUCAUCCCUCUCCUACAGAAUCGAUUCACUUUAUUUGGAGUGACUUAAAAAGCUGCAGAAUCCUCAAUUGCAGAGGUUGAGAAGAAUGUGGUGGGUACACCUCUUUCUGUGCAAGGCAAAGUGAAAUUCAAUUCAUAGAAUAACAACUGCUUGGAGUAUCCAUGCCAGGAAAAGAAAAGUUCUGGCAAAUAUUUUGUCACUGCUGUAAAGCAAAAUAUUUGUUAAAGUGCCAAAAUAAAGUCUGUCAU